AUGCCUCGUCGAACGUUACCCCGCGAGUACUAUGAUGGUGAGAGCUUUGAGUUCGAACGUGAGCGCGAUCGUGAUCGUCACACCCGAUCCAGACGAAAGGAUCGCAGAUAUAAAGAAGAUCUAGAAUAUCUUCGCAGGCAAUCAAUGCCUCCUGUGGAGGAGUUGGAGCGUUCGAGAAUCCGAGAACGACCCGCCAGAGAUCUUGUACGAGAGACGAGAGAUCGGGGACAUAGGGUUGUGAGAAGAUCGAGAGAGAAAAUGAACGAGGUACUGCCAGAGUUUGAGCAGGAAGAAGUAUACGGACGCGAAAGGCCACCGCGGCGGAGUUAUCGGCCACAGGCACUUGACGAGGAGUCCGUUCUUGAUGAAAUAGACUAUCGUGGGGAGCGACGGUAUUCUCAUGACUUUGAAGAAGAUACUGUUUUUGGCGAGAGAGAGGUUCGCCUUGGUAAGAAAAAGCAUCUUGAGGCUGAAGAAGAUCUCAUUAUUGAUAAACAAGAGACUCGUGGAGAAAGACGACGUCGUCCCCGAGAAUCUGAAAUGGAGCUUGAUAUCGAUGAGAAGGAAGUGCGCCCCGGUAGAAGAUACUGGCCUCGUGAACGUGAACGCGAAUCAAAUGAAAAUCUUAUCAUUAAUGGUAGACAGCGUCGUCGAACAUCUCGUGUCUAUGAUAGUGAGGGGGAUUUCAGGCCAUACAGGGCGGAGUUUGAGGCGGAUGAUGAGGUCUCUCACAGGUCAUCAAGACAUUCGCGAAAGCCCCGCAUGCGAGAAGAUGAACGUGACGAACUUAUUGUUACUGAGAGAAAAGAUAGACUGCCUCUUUUUAAACUCCAUGAUGAUAAGUUAUCACAAGAGGAGCUCGUGAUGCAAUGGAAAGACCGACCAUCAGCCGAGGAAAUUAGUCAAAGAUCAUCAGAGUCUGAGCUCACAGAAGGAGGAGAUGAUGAGAUCGAUGAAGAGACAAGUCUCCGAUCCCAGCAAUCAAAAUCUCAACGCGUGUUCAAAGGACCUAGAGAGAUUGGUCAGCGUGGGGCUCAGCGACGCCAUAAUCACCAGGACUCAGAUAGGGAGACGUUCAUCUUUCGCAACAAACGACGAUCAUCACUCCAACCCAUUCGUGCACCUCCCCUUCACGAUUUAACUACACAUCGUACUCCCCAUAUUCCUAGAUGCGAAGUUUCUUCGAGUUCUAGCGCAGAUGAAGCAACUCUCAGUCACGAAAUCAGACGAAGUAAUGACAAUGUUAUAAUCGAAGAACAUAUUGAAGAGGAACCUUCGUCUCCAAUCAGAGGCCUACCACUUGGCUUCCCGGAGGUGGAGAUGGAGUCUGUGGUAUUGCACAAAAAUGAUCACCCCAAACGUGAACUCGAUCUUGAAGUUGGCGUAGGGAAUGACAGGAUAGAGGUUCAAGAGGAAGUGUCUGGCUCUCGCUCUUUGGUUGACGAAGCUUUCAAGGACACAGAUGAAUGGUCAGUGAUUCACACACCUUCUAAGGAUGAUGCUAUCGAAAUGAGCGGGGCUCUUCAGGUAGUUGAGGUUGCCCCUCGUGACUCUCUGGAAAAGAUUGAGCACAGAGGUCACAUUGCUGCCAAAGUAUCGGAGCCACGGAAUGAGUGCUGGACCGAAAUAACCAAGUCUUUGGUCGUUCGGGAAGCAAUUGAGCGGCUUGGGUAUGAAUUUGAAGAAACGAGACUUUAUUACUACAUCUUCUCAUUCCUUCAGCCGGCGGAUAUUGAUGAGAUUGUGGAACUCUCUGACCGGAUUCGACGGUCUCGCCGACGACUUAUUAAGGAGAUUCAACGUGAACGAGAACCGAUACCACCACAGCUCACUCCUAUUUCAGACCACAGACCACCUCGUCGCCGGGCUGGAGAUGAUAGAAGAGGUAGGGAGCGUGGAUGGACCUUCGAUUCCAGGCAUUGA